AUGUUGCGCUCCUGGCGUGUGAAGCUGAAGCUGCUGCUCGCCACGGUCACCCUGGCCAUCCUCCUCUCCUGGCUCUACCUCUUCGUGGGAAGCCUCGAAUACGGCCGCUUCCUCCUGCUGCCGCCGUGCCUGGGCGAGCAGCCGAGCCGGGACGUGGAGCGGGAGGGGGGGUGCCCAGUCUCAAAAAAGGCACUGUUUGUCUCUGGGCAGCUCCUGCACGUUGCAAUUGUGUGUGCCGGGCACAACGCAAGCCGGGAUGUGGUCACCCUGGUGAAAUCCAUCCUUUUCCACAGGAAAAAUCCUCUCCACUUUCACUUCAUCACGGACUCAGUGGCCCAUCAGAUCCUCCAGACGCUUUUCCAGUCCUGGAUGGUGCCCUCCAUCCACGUCAGCUUCUACAACGCCGAUGACUUGAAGCCAGAGGUGUCAUGGAUCCCCAACAAGCACUACUCUGGUAUCUAUGGGCUGAUGAAGCUGACGCUCACCAAAGCACUGCCCUCCAACCUCUCCAAGGUCAUCGUCUUGGAUACCGACAUAACCUUUGCCACUGACAUCGCUGAGCUCUGGGCUGUCUUUGGGAAGUUUUCUGACAAGCAGGUGAUCGGGCUGGUAGAGAACCAAAGUGACUGGUAUCUGGGCAACCUGUGGAAAAACCACAAACCAUGGCCAGCCCUGGGACGUGGCUUCAACACGGGGGUGAUCCUGCUCCUGCUUGACCGCCUGCGUCACCUGGGCUGGGAGCAGAUGUGGCGGCUGACAGCGGAGCGGGAGCUCAUGAGCAUGCUCUCCACCUCGCUGGCUGAUCAGGACAUCUUUAACGCUGUGAUCAAGCAGGACCCAGCCCUGGUGUACCGACUCCCCUGCUUCUGGAACGUGCAGCUCUCUGAUCACACCCGCUCAGAGCAGUGCUACACUGAGGUCUCAGACCUCAAGGUGAUCCACUGGAACUCACCCAAGAAACUGCGGGUGAAGAACAAGCAUGUGGAAUUCUUCCGCAACCUCUACCUGACCUUCCUGGAGUACGACGGGAACCUGCUGCGCAGGGAGCUCUUUGGCUGUGCCAGUCUCCCCAGUCCGCCCAGCAACCAGCUGCAGCAGGCGCUGGAGGAGCUGGACGAGGAUGAUCCCUGUUACGAUUUCCGCCGGCAGCACCUCACGCAGCACCGCAUCCACCUCUUCUUCCUGCAGUACGAGUUCCUGGCCCUUCCCAACCCCACCGAUGUCACUCUUGUGGCCCAGCUUUCCAUGGACAGGUUACAGAUGCUGGAGGCCAUCUGCAGGCACUGGGCGGGCCCCAUCAGCCUGGCGCUGUACAUGUCGGACGCGGAGGCUCAGCAGUUCCUGCGCUACGCCCAGGCCUCCGAGGUGCUGAGCGCCCGCCGCAACGUCGCCUACCACAUCGUCUACAAGGAGGGGCAGUUCUACCCCAUCAACCUCCUGCGCAACGUGGCCUUGGCCAACACGCAGACGCCGUACGUCUUCCUGACGGACAUUGACUUCCUGCCUAUGUAUGGCCUCUAUGAUUACCUCAGGAACUCCAUCCAGCAGCUGGAGCUGCCCCAGAGGAAGGCAGCUCUCAUUGUGCCAGCAUUUGAGACCCUGCACUACCGCUUGACCUUCCCCAAAUCCAAAGCAGAGCUGCUCUCCAUGCUGGACAUGGGCUCCCUCUACACCUUCAGGUACCACGUGUGGCCAAAAGGCCAUGCCCCAACUGACUAUGCCAAGUGGCGGACGGCCACCGUGCCCUACCGCGUGGCGUGGCAGCCAGACUUCGAGCCUUACGUUGUAGUGAGGCGAGACUGCCCCAAGUAUGACCAGAGGUUUGUGGGCUUCGGGUGGAACAAGGUGUCCCACAUCAUGGAGCUGGAUGCGCAGGAGUAUGAGCUGCUGGUCCUGCCCAACGCCUUCAUGAUCCACAUGCCCCACGCCCCCAGCUUCGACAUCUCCAAGUUCCGCCUGAGCGUCGGGUACCGGGGCUGCCUGCAGACGCUGCGGGAG